AAUAAAGUACGGAAAAUAACGUGACGAAGAUGUGAACGUCGGGUUCAACCGGAACACGAAGAGUAGUCUCCUGGAUGAAAAUAUCUAGAAGUGGGGGGCCAGCUCUGUGUCCUACCUUCAAACAGAAAAUUAAAUAGACCCUGACUCAGCUCCAAAAGUAUUCCUUAUAUAAAGACAUCCUUGACCAGUUUCCUGUAUCCAUGGCGAUAGGAAGUGCUCUCCAAUCACAUCCCUGCAUGGUGUGUAAGGGAAGUGCACUGUUUCCUGCUGUUUUCACUGGCUUCCUCCCAUUGGUGCGGGCUCAGGAUUUCACAUUUGGUCCUGCAAAGCCACACAGUUUGUAGCCAGCGUUCUUCUCAUGUUACAGUAUGUUCUUUUUCCUCACAAAUUCACCAACUACAACCCGUCACAUUUAAACAAAAGCACCUUGAGGCCUCUGAAGCUGCCACCUUGGAGACACCUGUUCACGCUUCUCAGUCUGUGUUCAACAUGUGGAAAUAAUUUACACCAAACAACACUCCAUCAAUCUUUCCCUCUGGAUGAAACGUGGCAGAGAUGCAGGCUGGUUAUCAGGUAACCAGCAUCACCCCUCUCCAGAUCCCUCCCACACCUGAGACUUCCCUCUUCCAGGCCAUCAUUAAUCCUAAGAGAGGUAUGGAGGAACCCCUCCAGACACCACGUCCCCCCGGGACCUGCAGCUCUCCAGGUGCUGCUGGGAGAUCAUGCUGGAGCUUGGAUGCGCGGGUGGCUGUGCUUCUGGUGACUCUGGCAGGAGCUUUAAUGCUGCUGCUGCUGUACAAACUCUUACAGCUGAGACACAGGCUGAGUAUUGCCCGGGCGAGGCACGCGCUAGAGUACUACAGCUUCUACCACAGCGCCACCUACACACUCAAACAGCCUGCGUCAUGUCAGGAGCUGCCAGACAAAAACGGGAUUACGGCUACACCACCUAUACAAACUGUAACCCUGGUGACACCCACUGUCAUCCCCCCACCACUGCCGCUCCCCCCACCUCCUACCCUGCCUACACCUCUGCUCCACACCCCGCUUUCUCUCACUCCAACACCUUCAGUCCUGGCCUUCCCUGUCCCCCUGCCUGGGACCCACACCACCCCGCCGAGCCCUCACCUGUCCUGGGGCGCCUGCUCAGACGCAGAUAUAUACUCUCGGAUCGGAGCUUUCAGGCCCUCCAGGCUCUCCAGCCUCUCCAACCAUUCAAAGGUCAUCCUUUUUGAACACUCGUCUCUCUGACCCAUGACGCAAAACACGCCUGGAGUUGAAGACAUUUCAUUAGACUGCAGGGAUUACCUAAAAUGUGUUGGACUCAUUACUUUCUAUAAUGUAUUGCAGCCAAAUAUAUUAUUUUUGAGGCAGUCCUGGGGUUUGAAUUGUUGGCUUAACUUUAUUUUCUGUCUUGAUAAUACAAUUCCUAACUUAUAGUCUCUUCAUUUUUACACUGAAGUCAUUGUAGCAGAGCCCAUUGUCACCAAAUGAGAGGCAUUUCCUCAGCUGGUUUCCCAUGCAGUGGACCCUCCCUGUUUCACAGCAUUCUCUGUGUUUCCUCUGACUCUCUCUGUAGGAAUCUCACUUUGCAGUUCCUUCCAUUACAGUCCUUAAUGAUGACUAGGAAGAUGUCCUUUUAUUCCAGCGAAUGUCACAAUUGAAGACGUGAGUCAUGAAUUCAAUCAUCUCUUAAAAACCCAUUCAAAAUCUCAUCACAAUUAGUUCAACCUUUGAACAAUGUGCUUCUUAUUGGUUUGAAAAUAAGCUCAGAUUGUUUUCUAAAGAAGCCCCGUAGACAGACAGGUAACAUCUGUCGGUUGUUGAUCUGGUUUCCAGCUUCGCCCUAACAAGCUGUUAAAAUGAAUUUCCUUUGAAUAUUUAACCGUGUUUUCCCAACAGGCCUCUCAUUUAUAAUUCAACAAUAGUUUGCAAAUUCAUGAGGGAGGCUGUUUAAGUUGAAGCUUGUUUGUUGCUUUCUGCAUGCCGUGGUGAAAACUGAGACCUUUUGUGACAUUCUCCCUUUCUGUAUUUAUGUCUGCAAGAGAGGCCAUCGUCUCCAUGCUAAAAGCCAGUUAAUUCAAUCUGUGCAUGUAGUGCAGUGUCGUCUCUUAAUUGGUUGUAAGCCGAGCCAGGGAAGACAAUUGUACCAAUACACCGCUGCUGCAAUUAAAUCGAAACAAGGGAGCGUUAUGCAGGGAUGAAUUUGAAUGUGUUUGUGCGCUGGAUCAGAUUAAUAUUAAUUGAAUGUUGUUAUCUCGCUGGUAUAGUAUUUUAAAAAGGCUUCAUACGGCAUUGAAAAUGUAUCUGAAUCAUUGUAUUGCUUAUGACAUGCAUGCACAUCUUUUAACUCAAAUAGAUCUUUUAUUUUUAAAUCAUUACGGGCAGGAUGGAGUUUUUAAAACUAACUACAAGGCGAAUUCUAACCGUAUGAGAGCCUUAUAUGUGCAUAAAUAAGCAAGCAAGACCAUCAAAUUGACACAGUCAUUCUUAAUGCAUAUCACUGGUUUAAUGCAUCCCGGUGAAAACAGACAAAAUGAUAUAUGUUGUGGUUGAUACUCGGGCAUGAUUAGCUAAGGGAAGUAGAAGAAUAAUGGCUAAAGAACGAAAAAGCAAAACUGGACAGCGAUACAGCUUGGCAGAGAAAGAAACACCUGGUUGUUCAUUAAAGAAAUGGAGAGAGCUGCAGGACUUGAGAGGUGCUGAAUGAAGAGCUAUCCUAAACUUUACCAUGUUGCAAGAAGUUCACAAAUCAAAGCUGCCAUGACCAUAAAGGGAUUAAAAGACAUCCCAAUCCAGUCCUGAAUUCACCCUCUAAUCCUAGAUUGAUAAGUGUUUUCUCCAGGACUUUUUAGCUAUGGUUUUGUUGUAGCUUCAGGGUUCAACUUCAAAGCUGUUUAGUCCCACCAGACUUCCAUAACUCUGGGCAGUACGGGUUGUGCUAGCUGAAUUGGGUUUGCUACGGCCUCUACCUAAAGGUUUGAGUCUACUGUAGCCAGCACCAGCUGCAAAGUAGUCUUCAUUUGUUCUAAUGGUGAGGUGUGCUAGCUAGCUAAUUUUGUUGGUCUGAUAAACAGUAAAUUCAUCCACAUUGAGUGCCUUCAUAUCGAUAUUUUCCAAGCUACCAGCUGUUGUAUUUCGCCAUCCAUUAUUGCAAAAUGUGUUUAACGGAGACACCAAUUGCGAGGCAAGCAUUGGUGGCAAAAACAGAGCUGGCUAACAUUAGCUUAAUGUAGCUAGCAAACAAAACGUAAUAUUAAAAGCUAAACUGGUCAACUGAGAUCGUGACCUAUAGGAGAGAAGGUGUGUCCCACAAAGUCUGUCCCAACAACAUGGUUAGCUGUAAAGGACAACAGAAGGGUCACUUUUUAUUUAAAUAAAUGCAAAACGUUUCUUUCAGCAGAUAGUUGACUGACAAUUGACCCUUCUGGUUCAUACAUUUGACGAGCGUUCUCUGUGAGUGAAGGUUUAUCCCAGAAGCUCUCGACUCAAAUUGCAGAUUCUUAGCAAUUGCAUCUGUCCUCGUCUCCUUCUCUGCAGUGAGAGGAAAUGGUUGUGGUUCCAAUAGUGUUGUCAUCUCUGCAUGAUGCCACAACAACUCCCUUACCUUGAAAAGCUCAACAGAUGGGAAGACAAAAGUAGAAUACUUGGUGUUAAGAUUGCCUCACUUUCACUAGGCAAUGCUGUCCGACCCUGGGUAUGACCUUACAGGCUUCAUUUAGGCACGUUACCUGACAAAUGGCAGUGUGUCGUGUGCAGUGUUUCUAGUCUUAGCUCCAGUUACUAAGGCCUUCAGUUGGGGUUCCUUUUGCAAUAAUAACCCUAUUUUUAAGUAUUUGUAUAAUGCGUUAUAGACAAGGGUCUCAUAAAAAAUCAUUCAUAUUGCUAAUAAACAGAACCGAAAAGUAUCACAUUUGAAAGCCGACCUAACUUUGUAUUUCUCAAUCCUUUUUAUUUGCA